UAUUGCCCCGCUGGAGGUGCUGGGUUGCAGCCGGGUCUCAAGAAUGGCACUUGCGCAUCCUCUUUUUGUAUGGAGCAGCCGCUCGGUUGCCGAGUUUAACGUUACCUGGCCCGGAAUCUCUUGUCGAUCUGCCAUGUGCCCCGGUUCGCUUCCGCCCUCCCUUGGAGCCGAGCCUUCAUCGUGGAGCGCCCGCCCCAGGACGGCGCGCGUUUGCCGUAUGCGCUGUCCGACUUUAACAGGGGGCCGCGUCAAGACGGAGAUAGCCCCGUUGUUGUGAUCUCACGCCUCCCUCGUCCCCUUGAAGGGUAAGGUUGUGGCAAGUCGAGCAGCCGUCCCUCCUCCGGUUCGCGAGGGGUCUCAACGACGCGGUCGAUAUGGUCUACCGUGCGGGAGCCGUCUGGCUCUCGCUCGUCGCAAGCCCCUUUGCGUCCUUCUCUCUCGCCCGCAGCGUCGGCCCAAGAGACGCCGUCCCGGAAGGAUACCAUGCCGCCCCUUACUACCCGACGCCCCAUGGCGGCUGGCUUCCAUCGUGGAGCGACGCCUACGCAAAGGCGCAGGCCCUGGUGUCGCAGAUGACGCUGGCCGAGAAGACAAAUAUCACCUCGGGAGUCGGCUAUCUCAUGGGUAGGACCCCCCUCUCGGAGACGGCCGCCUCCUCAUAGAGAAUC